AUGUCGGAUACGACUUUAGAGAAAGGCAACGAGGGCCCUACGGCUGAGGCCCCCAAGGCCGCACCGCCCACCGUUCCCGACGGCGGCCUCCAGGCAUGGCUUACGGUUGCAGGCGCAUCAGUUGCUCUGUUUGUCUCAUUUGGCUGGGUCAAUUGCAUUGCACUUUUCCAGUCGGAGUAUCAAACGAACCAGUUGAAGGGCUAUUCAAGUUCGGAUGUAUCCUGGAUCACGUCUAUGGAAUUCUUUUUCAUGCUUUUUACUUCCCCCGUGUCGGGCAGACUUUUCGACAGUUAUGGUCCGCGCGUGCCUAUUGCGAUCGGAUCGUUCUUGCACGUGUUUGGGCUAAUGAUGGCCAGUCUCUCCACCAAGUAUUACCAACUGAUGCUAAGCCAGUCUGUGGUGUCUGGGAUCGGUUCAUCGUUGAUCUUCACGCCGGCAAUGACCGCACCCCAAACAUGGUUUCGUCAGAAGCGGGGGAUUGUCGGUGGUUUGACAGUGGCAGGAUCCUCUUUGGGUGGCGUUGUCUUCCCAUUAAUGGUACAACAUCUACUGCCGCAGGUGGGCUUUGGUUGGACGAUGCGGAUCUGCGCUUUCAUGAUCCUCGGCCUGCUUGUUUUCGCCAAUCUGACGAUUUCGUCUAAUUUUGAACACAAGCCACGUCCAUUCUCGGUCAUUCAUUAUAUCGGGCCGCUGCGGGAUACCAACUUCGUGCUCCUGUGUGUGGCCAGUUUUUUCAUGUACUGGGGCAUAUUCAUUCCUUUUGAUUAUAUUGUCGUCGAAGCUAUCCACUACGGCAUGUCAACGCAAAUGGCGUGGUCUCUUGUUCCUAUUCUCAAUGGAGCAAGUUUCUUCGGUCGUACCGUACCGAACUAUAUUGCGGACAAGGCCGGACGAUUCAACGUGAUGGUCGUCAUGACAACUUUGUCUGCUAUCCUGGUGUUGGCAUUGUGGCUUCCUGCUCGAGGCAAUGGUGCAUUGAUCACAUUUGCAGCGUUGUUUGGCAUCACCUCAGGUGCGAUCAUCGGUCUUGGACCCGUCCUCAUUGUCCAGAUCUCGCCGAUGAGUGAGUUGGGCUAUCGUGUGGGUACUGUCUUAGCUUUUGCUGCGGUGGGUACCUUGACCAGUCCACCUAUUGGGGGCGCCAUCGCCGCGUCCGAUGGGGGUAGCUAUACCUAUACCUGUGUAUUUUCCGGCGUGAGCUUCCUCAUCGGUACCCUGGGCCUUGCUGCUCUACGUGUACGCCUUUCUGGGUGGGGACUUACUACGAAGAUUUAA